GCCCCGCCCUCCGCGCCCCGCCCCCGCCGCUCGGACGGCCUGAGUCGCGCCCUCCCGCCCGGCGCCGCCGAACUUGCUCUAACUUCCUCGGCCGACGGGGCCGCGCCGGGUCCUGCCUCUCAGAAGAUGCACUAUUACAGAUACUCCAACGCCGAGGUCAGCUGCUGGUACAAGUACCUCCUAUUCAGCUAUAACAUCGUCUUCUGGUUGGCUGGAGUUGUCUUCCUCGGAGUUGGGCUGUGGGCGUGGAGUGAAAAGGGUGUGCUGUCCGACCUCACCAAAGUAACCCGGCUUCAUGGAAUCGACCCUGUGGUGCUGGUCCUGAUGGUGGGCGUGGUGAUGUUCACACUGGGAUUCGCUGGCUGUGUGGGGGCCCUUCGGGAGAACAUCUGCUUGCUCAAGUUUUUCUGUGGGGCCAUCGUGCUCAUCUUCUUCUUGGAGCUUGCAGUGGCCGUGCUGGCCUUCCUGUUCCAGGACUGGGUGAGGGACCGCUUCCGGGAAUUCUUCGAGAGCAACAUCAGAUCCUACCGGGAUGACAUUGAUCUGCAGAACCUCAUCGACUCCCUGCAGAAAGCAAAUCAGUGCUGUGGGGCAUAUGGCCCUGAGGACUGGGACCUCAACGUCUAUUUCAACUGCAGCGGUGCCAGCUACAGCCGCGAGAAGUGUGGGGUGCCCUUCUCCUGCUGUGUGCCGGACCCCGCACAAAAAGUUGUGAACACACAGUGUGGCUACGACGUCAGGAUUCAGCUGAAGAGCAAGUGGGAUGAGUUCAUCUUCACGAAAGGUUGCAUCCAGGCGCUGGAGGGCUGGCUCCCGAGGAAUAUUUACAUUGUGGCUGGUGUCUUCAUUGCCAUCUCACUGCUGCAGAUAUUUGGCAUCUUCCUGGCGAGGACCCUGAUCUCAGACAUUGAGGCGGUGAAGGCAGGCCAUCACUUCUGAGGCGCCAAGUGGAGCAAGCAGAGCUGAGCCAUGCUGUCGUGGAGGCCAAGGUCUCCGCUGUCCUCCACCUGAAUGUCCCACGGAGGGACGCCGCCAGCACUACGCAGAGCCAGCGCCCUGUCUUCAGCAUCAGCGUGACCUGACCUCUCUGUUUCUGUCUGCUGGUGCUGAAGACUGAGGGCUCCUUCAUACACGCCCAGACUUGAGAUGGCACCCCCUCUUUCCAGGGUGUACCCCAAGCUAGAGAACAGGUUUUUCCAUGGGGUGGUGGCUGAGGACAGACAGACAGGCUGCUGGGAGAGCUUGAGUCGGAGAGCAGCUGCCCCACCCCUGACUCCAGACUGUGGGCAGUGGGCUAGCCUGGGGGGCACCCACAUCCAGGAGGAUAGGGCUCUGUCUCCAUCAGGUCAGACAGCACAGGGACUGCCCCUAGGAGAGGGAGGGGGGCCUGGUGGAUGCAGGGUGCCCGUAGUGUCUGUACAGGAGCCCCAGCCAUGUUCUAGUGAAGUAAGCCUGACCCGGGCCUGAGCAUGAUGGGUGCUGUGGGCAUGUGCCAGCCUCUGCCUCUUCCCCAGACAGAACAACCUCCCAUCUCCUAGCAUUAUGGUCCAGGGCCCACAGGAGUGCAGGGCUGGGGACCUGGUUCUCUGCUGAGAUGAGAGCUGGCUCUCGAGGAUCUUCAAGAGUGUAAAUAGUUUAUUUAUAGGGGUAAGGAUGUUCCCACACUGUACUUCUGUCCCACUCUCUCCCCACCCCAGCAGCCGUAUUGGUGUCCAGGACUGAAGCAUCCCUUUCACUUCCUCAAGAGUCUCAAGAACCAGGCACCCCUUGCCCCCCAUCGCUUCUCCCAGCCUCCACACACCCUCUCCCAAACACCCCUCUCACCCCCUCCCCGCUUGUCCUCACUGUUUUCUGGUCUUGGUGCUACUGAAAUUGUCACCCAGAAUUUAAAUCCCAGCCCUGCCCCUCCCUACAGUACGCCUAAAGAACCCCAGCUCCAGAUGGCUACUGGAGACCUGUACCUGCCACGCUCUUCCUGGAGCAGUGUGUGACUGGGGGCCCCUCCCCUGUGGUGUCUGUGGCCCCUGUGAAUACCCUUCCCCUCAGGGCUAUUCCGGGGCUUGUUGGAGAUGAAGUCUGGCUUAUACUGGCUUGUAAUGGUCACCUACACACAGAGCUGGGACAUGUGUGUCUUAUCUUCGGCUGGGCUGCUCUCAUGCUUCUCCCUAGCUCGUAUCUGUCUGUCCUCACUGUUCAGGGAUCCAGUGCUACUUCAGUCACCUGCCACCAUGGCCGUAAACAUCUAGUGUGGUAUAUUCUGGUGAUACUGGUGGAUGUUUGUUGUUGAUGAUGAUGAUGAUGAUGAUGAUGGUGGUGAUGAUGAUGAUGAUGAUGAUGAUGAUGACGAUGUUACAUUUUUUUUUUUUUUUUUUUUUUACAAUUCUCUGUAGACUAGAGGAAGAAGAAUGCCUGUGUUUUUAGGAAGCGUGAUGCUUCUCUUUGACUGCCAAACUCUUUUAUGGAAUAUAUCUUUGUAUUAAUGUU